AUGGAUUCCAAACGCGAUGCUCUUUAUGUUGGCGCUAUGGACCGACUGUUUCGGCUCAACAUGAAUAAUAUUAGUGCAUCUCAUUGUGAUAGGGAUUCUAUUAACUUAGAACCUAGUAACGUCGCUCAAUGUGUGUCAAAAGGAAAGUCUGAGCACUUCGACUGCCGCAACCAUGUUCGAGUGAUCCAGCCCAUGGGAGACGGGUCGCGACUCUACGUUUGCGGUACCAAUGCUCAUAGCCCAAAAGACUGGGUGUUAUACUCUAACCUGACACACCUGCCCCGUCAUGAGUACGUGCCGGGCAUCGGCAUGGGGAUCGCUAAGUGUCCCUACGACCCGGCCGACAACUCCACAGCGUUGUGGGUGGAGCGUGGCAACCCAGGCGGUCUACCCGCCUUAUACUCAGGCACUAACGCAGAAUUCACCAAAGCUGAUACAGUCAUCUUUAGAACUGACCUGCACAACUUAACUACUGGACGACGUGAAUUCUCGUAUAAAAGGACUUUGAAAUACGACUCCAAAUGGCUAGACAAACCAAACUUCGUUGGGUCUUUCGACGUUGGCGAUUAUGUUCUCUUCUUCUUCCGUGAAACGGCCGUGGAAUAUAUCAACUGUGGCAAAGCGGUAUAUUCAAGAGUCGCCAGAGUUUGCAAGAGAGAUACCGGUGGCAAAAACAUACUUAACCAGAACUGGGCAACGUAUCUAAAAGCAAGGCUCAAUUGUAGCAUACCUGGAGAGUUUCCUUUCUACUUCAAUGAGAUUCAGAGCAUCUAUAAAAUUCCCGGCGAUGAUAGCCGCUUCUAUGGAGUAUUUACUACGGCUUCCACUGGCUUAAUGGGAUCGGCCAUUUGUACCUUCACCAUUGGCGACAUCCAAAAGGCUUUCGAGGGCAAGUUCAAAGAGCAAGCUACAUCCAGUUCUGCAUGGCUACCUGUUAUUAGCAGUAGAGUCCCUGAACCAAGACCGGGGACUUGUGUGAAUGACACUUCUUCCCUACCAGAUACUGUGCUUAAUUUUAUUAGAUCUCAUCCAUUGAUGGACAGUGCUGUGUCGCAUGAAAAUGAAAAACCUAUAUACUACAAGAGAGAUCUAUUCUUUACGAGAUUGGUUGUGGAUAGAGUGAGAGUAGAUAUGCUGGGUCACCAACUGGAAUACACGGUGUACUAUGCUGGUACAAAUGAAGGUAAAAUCCAUAAAAUCGUACAAUGGACACGCAAUGGUGAUAAUCAGUCAGCUCUACUUGACAUUUUCGAUGUUACUCCAGGUGAACCAAUACAGGCAAUGGCACUAUCUCGCGUCCACGGAUCAUUGUACGCUGCGUCAGACCGCCGCGUUCUACAGCUGCGUUUAGCUUUAUGCACGCGCCGAUACGACGCGUGCGUGCGUUGCGCACGCGACCCUUACUGCGGCUGGGACCGAGAUGCAAGCGUUUGUCGCGAAUACAUGCCUGGACUGAUACAAGACGUUGCCAAUGAAACAGCGGACAUUUGCGAUUCGUCGAUCUCUCGUAAAAGUGUAUCUGCUACCUGGGGCCAGAGCUUACAUCUGGGCAGCUUCGUGAAAAUGCCUGAAGUACUCCACCCUCGUGCCAUCACUUGGUAUCACUAUUCGAAAGAAAAGGGAAGACACCCCAUCAUUUUCAAUAAACCGGAAAAAUACAUAGAGACAUCUGAACAUGGACUACUUAUAAUAUCUGUGAAUGAAGGCGAUGCAGGCCGUUAUGACUGUUGGCUCGGAGGAUCCCUUCUUUGUUCUUACAACAUUACCGUUGAUACUCAUAGAUGUUCACCACCCGAAAAGAGCAAUGAAUAUCAGAAGAUAUACUCAAAUUGGUGUCAUGAAUUCGAAAAAUAUAAAACCGCCAUGAAAACGUGGGAACGAAAACAAGAGCAAUGUGCAAGACAGAAUGACUCGAAUCAAAACACGCAUCCUAAUGAAAUAGUGUGA